AUGGCGCGCUAAAUGUACGAACGGAGUGUACACAGUCUCGUCGACGCUCCAGAACCAUGGAAUCAGAAUUCGAGGGCUUUUGCUCCGGUAAAUAAACGUACAGCCUCAAUGCUGCAGUGACAGUGUGUUUGUGUUUGAAACAGUUUUAUGCGUGCUUACAGGCAACCAAAUACUGACCAAACAUGCAGACCGCUGGCAAAAGAUCAGCUUCGGCGUACCGGUUCUAGAUCGGCUCACGGACGGUGGUGUCUGUUGUCGAGGAACUUUCGAAGUUUCCGGAGAUCCCGGUUCGGGAAAAACACAGAUCGCCUUAAAGCUGGCACUCUCAGCUCAACGCGAGGUGCCGGAUGCAUCCGUCGUCUACAUAUGUACCGAGCAUAUGUUCCCGUCCGGAAGGCUUCUACAGAUGGAGCAAGAGUACAAACGCAGGCACCCGCAUGAUAGCGCAAUACAAGCCCGUAACUUUGCGGAUCAUAUACUCGUCGAGCAUGUACGAUGUGUGCCCUCUUUGAUGGCGUGUCUGUUUGACCGGCUGCCAAAGCUGUUAGCGAAAACAAGGAUCGCCGUGCUUAUCAUCGAUUCCAUCACUAACCCAUUCCUGGAAGAGACGAACUACGUUUCGCGUGCCGAAACGUUUCGUGCGAUCGUGCACGACUUGCAACAACUCCAGGAGCAGCACAAUUUUGCAACAUUCGUCACAAACCAGGUACGUGCGGUGAUUGAUUCUGCUACACUCGACGAUCAGCGACUCGUUCCCGCGCUGGGGCUAGCCUGGAGCUCGCUGGUGCACACCCGUUUGCAGCUGUCCCGAAAUCUGAACUCCAGUGAUCGACGCUGUACGGUAGUGUUUGGACCGUCUUUGAGCCCGAAGCAUGGGUACUAUUGCAUCGACGAGUCGGGUCCGGUGGAUGCGGUAGUACACACGGACGGAACGGAACCAUGUGAAUGAGAGAAAUCGCUUCAUUGUUGUUUACACACCUGCAGUAGUAGUUCUACAGAUUUAUUAUUGUUCGUAAAGAUAGACCUAUGUAGUAUGAGCGAUCGGUUGCGGAUCGGUGAGAUCUUCUUUUUUUCGGGUUUACCAUACACACCAAUUACCAAUUAGUCUCUCGACCAAAUACGAUCAAAAGUAUAGUAUAUAGGGGGGAUGGAUUGUUAACAGUACAUUACAUAAAUGGGCUCGUUUAGGAAUGCCUUCUAAACAGUGUUCAUUUGUCUAAACAGAUACCUAAGAGCGAAGAUAACAUUCACCUUUGGCAAAUAUAGUAAGAAGAGUUGACCUUCUGUUAAGCAUUCAGAGCAUGGACAUGUGUGUAUGUUCUGCUUUUUGUUUGGCUAUUGUUUAUGCGUUGUUUUCUCUUUCUUUUUGUUGCAACGAGUCCCUGGUGCCGGUUUACAAUUUAAACAUUUUCCCUAAACUAAGCACAUGUUCUUGCUACCGAAGUUGUUUUCUAUUUAUAUAUAUUUUUUUGUUGAGUCUUUCUUCUUUAAAAUGCCGCUUUCACGUACGCUAAUAAUCAUAAUCAUCUCUAGUCUAGUCUCUGUUUAUCCGUAUGUUUUAAAACAUUUCUCACUAGUUUUGGUUUGUCUUUCUUGUUUACGAACGGUGGUGGGUAAUGUCGUUUUUAAAACGUUGAUAUCUCAAUAACAACACGUUAGGAGUAGAGUAGAGCGGUAGCCGUUAGUACAAUUAGGUGUGUAAGUAUAGCAUUAUUAGUAGCAGUUUUAGUAGUAGUAGUAGUAGUAGUAGUAGUAGCCGUAAGGUAGCUCGUUUUGCCAGUACACACAGUGUGCAGCAGCAGGUAUCCUCGCAAUUUGAUGGCCGCUUCCUGUUGUCUAGUGAAAUUAGAUUGUCUUAGUAGUAACAUUACACAGCUGAUAGACACGGUUUGAUGUUUUUUUUUUUUGGUUCAUCUUACUAUUUUGUUGCCUAUUUUGUCCGUUAUUUUUUACGACUAAACGCUAUUUACACAUCACAUUCUGUAGAAUACCCGAUAGACAUUGGUUUUGGAUUUGUUUUUCCUACGAUACAAAACAAUUAGCCGGCGCACGUUUAGCAGUAAACACAAGGGGCUGUAGUAUAUGUUGUUCGGUUAGUGCACAUAGUUGUUUAAGUAGUAAACGAUAGGUUCGAAAGUAGCAAACCGAAUGGAGUAGCAUCCAUCUAUAGAUUGGCCUAUUCAAUCUGACUAUUGGAUAUUACAUUUAUGUUAAACAAUAAACUUGUUUGUAUGCACCAA